GAUGUUCCUGAUCAGCCGCAAAGGCGGCACUCUGCUAACCAUUAACAAUUUCGUCUACCGCUCCAAUCUCAAGUUUUUCGGCAAGAGCAAUAAUAUCCUUUACUGGGAGUGCGUCCAGAACCGAUCGGUUAAGUGCCGCAGCCGCUUAAAGACCAUCGGCGAUGAUCUCUAUGUAACCAAUGAUGUACACAACCACAUGGGUGACAAUAAGCGUAUUGAGGCGGCCAAAGCGGCUGGGAUGCUGAUCCACAAAAAGCUGAGCUCUCUUACAGCCGCCGAUAAGCUACAAGGCUCCUGGAAAAUGGAGACCGAGGUCAAUCUAGACCAGCUGCCGAAGAUGUAACCGCUUCUUAGACAUUCCCACCCUAAUGUACGAGUUCUAUUAGGGCUAAGCUAAUGUAUUCGACUAUUGUUCUUGCAAUGUAUCUUUCUGAUUUAGACUGAGUGCCCCGACCCUAGUUAUGAUGGGUAAGUAGCCCGUUUAUCUAGGAUCUCAAAACACGCGUUUUGUGAUGUACAAAGUCCCGGGUCAUAUUAUUUAUUCUGUUCUCACUGCUUAGAAGCUUUUGGCCACGGCACUGACUUAAGCCAUGGCUUGUGUUACGUACAAACUAUGAACUUUUAAUAAAAUCAGAUGAACAUUUAAACAA